GCUUCUCUGUGAAAUUGAUUUUUUCCCCUCUCUUUUUUUCUUGUGUGUUCCCCCUGCGCUUCAAAACCUCUGUCGGGGGGAAGUUGGGCGACACACCGCCUGAUGCAGAUCCACAGAUUAAGCGCUCCACAGAUCUCUGUGUGUUUGUGUGAAAACAUCCAGACACGAUGUACAGGCUCAUUAAGAUGGCUGGCUCUGCAGCUCACACUUGUGGAAUACUCCUGGAUUACAGCAGAAAGACUUCUUUGCUCCUCUGGGAUUAGAAGCGGUGUUUUUUUGUGGGUUUUUGAAAUCAGCCUGCAGUUUUUAGUCCUGUAACACAUUUGCUGAACAUGGCUUCGUUGUACAUCUUUAUUGAAGUAGUAAUCGCGGUUCUCUCCAUAUUCGGCAACGUACUGGUGUGCUGGGCUGUCGCGAUCAACACCACCCUGAAGAACGCCACCAACUAUUUCCUGGUGUCCCUGGCUGUGGCGGAUAUUCUGGUGGGGUGCCUCGCCAUUCCCUUUGCCAUCACCAUCAGCAUCGGCAUCCACCUGGACUUCUACGGCUGCCUCUUCCUGGCCUGUUUCGUCCUGGUCCUGACGCAGAGCUCCAUCUUCAGCCUUCUUGCUAUUGCUAUUGAUAGAUAUCUGGCCGUGAACAUUUCUCUGAGGUACAAGGAGUUGAUGACGGGAAAGACCGCCAGAGAGAUCAUCGCUAUUUUAUGGAUCCUCUCCUUCGUCAUUGGCCUUAUCCCGUUCUUCGGAUGGAACAUGAAGUACUCGGGCUGCAACAGCUCUGUGGCGGACAACGCUACGAACGCCAGCCUGGUGGGGCGGGGGACACACUUACUGCAGAGCUGCCGCCUCCAGUGCUACUUUGAGAGCGUGGUGGACAUGCACUACAUGGUCUACUUUAACUUCUUUGUUUGCGUGCUGCCCCCGCUGCUCAUCAUGCUGGGCAUCUACAUCAAGAUCUUCACCGUGGCCAGGAAGCAGCUGAGGCAGAUCGAGCUCAAGUGCGUGGGCAACGGGGACAGCCAACACCACGGGCUGCUGCAGAAGGAGAUCCGCGCCGCCAAGUCCCUCUCCAUCAUCGUGGGGCUGUUUGCCCUCUGCUGGCUGCCCGUCCACAUCCUCAACUGCCUCAAACUGUUCUACGACCUGAAACAGCCCGUCCACGUCAUGUACGUGGCCAUCAUUCUGUCCCACGCCAACUCCGCCGUCAACCCCAUCAUCUACGCCUACCGCAUCCAGGACUUCAGGAACACCUUCCGGAAAAUCCUGGCCCGACACUUCCUGUGCCGCAGGGAGGAGCUGUACCACAGCUCCAACGGCAGCAGGCACAACAGAGACCAGAUCCACAUGACCAUCGACCCUCUGCUAUAGAGCGUUGGACUCUCACUGAGGUCUUUAAUGUUUACAGAACGAGGGGAUGAUAUGUGAAGAUGAACUGAUGACAGACGCGCCUUGAAUGUGGACAUUUAUUUAUGAAUCAGCGGUCAAUCAGUGAAAUGUUGAAUGGCGAGUCUUACGUAACCCUUGUAUCGUGAAGGAUUAUUUUUGAAAAAAAUGUUGAAGUUAACUGGAUUUGUAGGACUGUGAACAGGAUCCAAACUACAUUCUAUAAUGCUAUUUAUCAUUCUGAAUCCACUCCGUUUCAACUCCAAACACCUUUAAUGCCCUGCUAUUUUAUAUUGUCAAAAGUGUUUAUUAAUUUAUUUAUUAAAAGACCGUAUCUUAUGAGAAUAUAGAGAUCAAAAAAUGUUGUGUGGCUAUAUCUGUGCUCGUGGACCCAGAGAGGUACAAUGGUAUACUACAUCUGUUGUUGUUUUCGCCUUGUGGCCGUUUUAAGAUUAUUUUAUGCUCAUGACCAUCACAAGCUAAAUAUAGAAGAAGGGUAUCACUACAUUUGGAUAAUCCGCCUACAGAUUUGUAACAAUUCAACAGCUUAUUAGUCGAGAUUCAACAAUUCAACUGCUACUUUGCUAGGUUUCUCUGUAUGGUGAAAUACUGUUAAAAGUUGAUCUGUUAAACAACUAAAGACAAGCAGGAAUUGUUGAAUCUAAAGUAAUGAGCGUUUGAAAUUAAACAAAUACUUUUGAUAGGCUGAGUAACAAAAUACAGUGUUACCACAGAAUGAAGAACAAAAUAUCUUUAUAAAGCAGAAAUGUUGUUGAACAGAUGCUUCAACUUCGCACCAGUGUUGAUUUUCUCCUGCAUGAGGGAAUACUCCACAACAAAAAUACACAUAUUGGAAAAGGCCUCAAACCAAACAAGAAGAGGGGAAAAAUGCCUAAUUGCUCUGCUUAUCCCAUGAAUACUCUCCCUUCCCAAAAUAAACGAGUGACCCCUGAGAGCCAGAGAAAGACAAAGUUUUGGGUAUUAAAUAAACAGCAUGAUUUGACUCAGCCCAAGAUACAAGAAGGAACUUAGUAAAACACAUCUCCAGAGCUGCUUCACGUGACUCAUGUGAAGAAAGCAAAAGCUCAGGCAGUGUAUCCCUGCAUAGAAAAUCUAAAUACCUCAAUCAAUGCAAAUUAGAUACAGAUUUAUUACCAGAGCUUCUGUUGCACAUGCAUGUAAUGGCUUACAUCAUUCAGUGCGGUGUAUAUGAAUGUCACUUACUCACAUCCCCCCCUUCACUCUCAAAGUCAGACAGUCUCAGCUGGGAUCCUCAGGCUCUCUCUGUCCUGUUAGCGCAGUCUGUCCUCCACAAGCUGCUGCAGUCACUCACUGACCUGAGAUCAGCUGAACUUGAAAAAACAGCUAAAUUAAUUGUAUUGAGGACUAAUCAAACUGCUAAGGCACACAAUUGUAACUCUUCCACGCUAGCAAAGAUGGGUUUAUGUCUAGUUUAGCCCCCCAAAAAACCCCUAUAAUAUCAUUAUUUAAAAGAGAGCAGGUAACACAAGUGUAUGGCGGCGUAUUGUGGCCAUUAAAGGUAAUACAACAAUUCCUCAAUCCUGAAUUCCUGAAAUAAAAGGGGGAUGUAAUGCAAUGAAAAAAGUGCGAAAUAAAAAAACGGAGUAUUCCCUGAGUUUAUUAGUCAUGGAUUAGCUAGAAGAACCUUGAAAGGUUGGAUCAAUCUUAUUACAACACAGACCAGAUGUGACUCUUUUUUUUCUUCUGAAUAUUUGAAUUUAUUUAUAACUACACCCGAAUAUGCCUGUCAAACAAAUGAUUUGUUCUCUGAGAGGAAACAUUAUUUCUUAUUUGCAAAGGUGCUCGCAUGCAGGUUACUCAUUUGAGGCAACACAGCUGCAGCACCGAUUCAAAACUUAACGCACCGGAUGCUUUAGUUCUUUUUUGGAGGGGGGUGUGGUUGAGCUUAUGAGACAGAGCCGAGAGCUGAUGAAUCACCCAGAAAGGUCUUGGUGAAUUUAAUCAGAGCACAGCAGAGUUUUGUGAAUUUGUAAUGUGACAGAAAAAAAGGGUGAACUUAGUCACCUGAGAGCCAUCACUACACAAAUGAAAAAACACAUUGCACUGACAUUUUCACUGACGUAUUUCUCAUUUGGUGUGCUUCAUGGGUGCUGUUGAACCAUGUUGCGUUGGUGUUGACUUCACUGCUUCACUACACCCCCCCACAUGUCCAGUGUACCACCUCUCACUAACUUCAAGGGCUAAAAACAGGAGUGUGCUAAAGUGUAAGUGCAUUCCAAUGGAGACAUCUAUACUGUAACUGCACUGUAACGUUGUAUUACUGUCGUUGUUGUGUAAACAAUAAGUACUGUAGGUGUCCGGCUUUCUACGAGCUAUUGAUUGAUGUCAAACUAUUGCCUUCUUUUGUGAUUCUAAAUGUGAGACAGACAAAACCGAGUUGAUCUAAUUCAACAUUCCUGCCUUUCAUUCCCGAGUUCCUGUCAGUGUGCUGUAGUGUCGUUACUAAUCAGGAAGCAUCCACUGUGGUCAAGCCUUCUCCCUUUCAU